AAGGAUCAACCACGGCGCCCCCUCCGUUUUAAACACUCCUUCGUUUCCUCACUUGUCUCUCGUCCUUCUUCCUCUCCGUUUCAUCAGAGUUUGAGUUGCAUAACCCAUCGAUCAUGGCUGCUGAAGCGAGCGCCAGCGCGGCGGUGGAGGCCCCAAAGACGGUCGUGCUCAAGAGUUCCGACGGCGAGGAAUUCGAGGUGGAGUCGGUCGUGGCGAUCCAGUCGGAGAUGAUCAAGAACAUGAUCGAGGACGGGUGCGCGGAGAGCAGCGUGCCGCUCCCCAACGUCGUCGGCUCGGUGCUCGCGAAGGUGGUGGAGUACUGGAAUCGGCACGGCAGCCGAAAGGCUGAUGGGGCGGCGGAGGGAGAGGCGAAGGAGCUGACGGAGUGGGAGAAGGAGUUCGUGAAGGUGGAGAAGGAGGAGCUGUUCGAGCUGAUCAAUGCGGCCAACUUCCUCAGCACCAAGCCGCUGCUCGACCUCUGCUGCCAGGCCGUGGCCGACACCAUCAAAGACAUGGCCGUCGAGGACGUCCGGGACUACUUCGGCAUCGAGAGUGACUUCACUCCCGAAGAGGAGGCCAAGAUAAGGCACGACAUCAGUUGGGCCUUUGAGUGAUUCCUUCUACCUUCUUUAGACCGCCUCGAUCUGCUCGCAACUGCGCGAGCUUUCUGGAGCCAAGCAAGUGCAGACACAUACCGUCUAUUUCUCGGUGUCUGCUCCUCUUUUAAAGCAAACAGGUAACAUGCUAUAAUCUAGAAUCAUCAUAACAUUAAUUCAAGUUUGAAAAAUAUAUGUGUGGAUGGUAUAUUCAAUACGAUUCUUUAAUCA